AUGCAGAGGCGUCACCGAUUGCAGACUUCUCAUAGAGAAAGUGUCAGUAGAUCACGUAGUCCAAUACGCCCUUGUUCUAAUGAAAGACCUGCAUCUGUGACGCCGCGGCCUUCGACUCACGAUGUUUUUAAUAGUGAAUUACUCAAAUGUGUAAAAGAGUCUUUGCAAUCUAUUGCAGCUAUAAAUCUACAGAAUAAAGAAAAAUUUACUAAUAACAACGUAGUUCCGGAGUUCGAUCCUAAAUCAAAAAAUCAAACAAUUGAUACUUGGUUGAAUAAAGUAAAAGAAUGUUCUGAGAUUUAUGGCUGGGAUAGUAAACAGACUACACAUUAUGCCCUCCCAAAACUAGUUGGCACUGCGAAGAAGUGGUAUGAAGGGCAACCUUCAGUGUUGCAUACGUGGGAUGAAUGGGCCCAAAAACUUAAAUCUGCUUUUCCAUCAUAUGAAAAUUAUGGUCAUUUGCUCACGGAAAUGCUAGCAAAAAGGGCAAAGUUUGGGGAGGAUUUAGAAGAAUACUUUUAUGAAAAGUUAAUAGCCUUAAACCGAUGUGGUAUAGUAGGUAGGAACGCUAUUGACUGCAUUGUUUACGGAAUUGAUGAUAGGUCGGUUCGGUAUGGAGCAGAGGCAGUAGGUUUUGAGGAUGUUGAUAAACUAUUGGGCUAUCUGAGGGGUGUCAAACAUGAGCGGUCAGAUAAGAAAUCGUCACGACCCGUGGCUGAAACCUUGCGUAAAUCUGUAAAAAAUGAUUUAGGUAGAGUUAUAAAAUGUUUUAACUGCCACGAAACGGGGCACGUGAUCUCGGGGUGUAAAAAAACUAUCGUAAAGUGCCAAAAAUGCAAACGUAUUGGGCACGACGAUCCUGAAUGCAAAAGAAGUGUCUGGGUAGAUAGAGCUGAAGUCAAAACGUUGUGA